AUGGGUAACACCGCCAGCACACCGUCUACGCCCGAUGUUCCAGAGAACUCGAGGCUGACUCCGCCAGCCGGCAGCAUCACUGUGUGCGCGACGGGAGAAUGUGACUGGCCUACCAUCUCGUCGGCUGUGAACAGCAUUUCCAACACGUCCACAGACCCGACGACCAUCUUCGUCUAUAAUGGCACCUACACGGAGCAGGUGUAUCUGCCACCCAAGGCGGCCAAGGUCACCAUCUAUGGGCAGACCUCGGACAUCACCAGCUACCACGGCAACACUGUGACCCUGCAGUACAACUCCUCCCUUGCCGUUGCGCCAAACGACGAGUGGACCGCCCCCUUGGUCAACGAGUCGCCCAACACUGCGGUCUACAACCUCGACGUCCGCAACCUCUGGGGCGAGGGCUACCAGGCCGUCGCCAUAUCCGCCUACAACACCAGCCAGGGCUACUACGGCCUGGGCAUCUACGGCUCCCAGGACACCCUCCUGGCCGAGGUGGGCAACCAGUUCUACGCCAACAGCUACAUCGAGGGCAUGACCGACUUCAUAUUCGGCGAGCACGCGCGCGCCUGGGUCACCAACUCGACCGUCGCCAGCAACGGCUACGGCUGGGUCACGGCCAGCGGGCGCGUCGACGAAAACGACCCGAGCUGGUACGUCAUCACCGACAGCGUGGUCACCACCGCCGAGGGCGCCGAGGUCGAGGACGGCAGCGUCUUCCUGGGCCGCCCCUGGCGGAACUGGGCCCGCGUCACGUUCCAGCGCUGCGAGAUGGGCAGCCACAUCAACGAGACGGGCUGGUCCGAGUGGACCACGGACGAGCCGCAGACGGACCGCGUCACAUUUGAGGAGUGGGACAACACCGGCGCGGGCUCGGACACGAGCGACAGGGUCGGCUACUCCACCGUGAGGAACUCGCCCCUGCCGAUUGAGUUCAUCCUGGGGGCCGACUACAAGGACUGGGUUGACGAGCUGUACCUGCCUUCUGAGUAA